GUGGGGUGCGCUCCUUUCGUUUUUCUUUCCCACCUCCCAUUUUCUGAGUUCGGCCACCUUUCGUCCUAUAAAUCUUUCUCUCUCACUCUCUCUGUUCUCAUUAUCGUUUGUUCUUCCUUGGGUUAAUCUAAAGGGACGAAAGAGAGAGAUCGUCAAGUCAUGCUGCCAUACCGGAGCUUACAGGAAGCAGAGUUAGCUCUCGGGAGAAAGCUGACAUGGGCCGAGAAGCUAUGGUUCAAUUAUUCUGCACAGAAGUCGGAUUACUAUCUAUAUUGCCACAACAUUCUCUUCUUUUUCUUCUUCUUCUCUCUGGUUCCUCUGCCUUUGGUCCUCAUGGAGCUUAAGUUUUCCAAGAACAUUGGAAAGUAUAAGCUGCAGCCCAAGGUCAGGCUGUCUUUCUCCGAUAUGGUCAGGUGCUACAGAGAUGUAAUGCGGUUGUUUGUUCUUACCAUUGGUCCUCUGCAACUAGCUUCCUACCCCACUGUCAAGUGGGUUGGGAUUCGGACGGGUCUGCCAUUGCCAUCCGGGUGGGAGAUUUUAUUACAAUUAUUUGUGUAUUUCAUUAUUGAGGAUUAUGGGAAUUACUGGAUCCAUAGGUUCCUGCAUAACAAAUGGGGUUACGAGAAAAUCCAUCAUGUCCACCAUGAGUUCACAGCUCCAAUUGGGUUUGCUGCUCCGUACGCUUACUGGGCUGAGAUCUUGAUCCUCGGCUUUCCCUCCUUUCUUGGGCCAGCUCUGGUUCCCGGGCAUAUAAUCACCUUGUGGUUGUGGUUCAUUAUUCGGCAGGUCGAGGCUAUUGAGACACACAGCGGGUAUGACUUCCCCUGGAGCCCCUCAAAAUAUAUCCCCUUCUAUGGGGGAGCAGAGCACCAUGAUUACCAUCAUUUUGUUGGAGGCCAAAGCCACAGCAACUUUGCUUCAAUAUUCACCUACUGUGAUUACAUUUAUGGAACUGACAAGGGUUAUCGAUACCAUAAGGAGACCCUCAAAAUGCUGAAAGAGAAAUGGAGUAGCAGCUCUGAACAAAAUGGAAAUGGGUAUCAAAUCUCGAACCAAGAUCCCAAAUCUGAUUAGGCGGUGGAACUUCAGAAACUGUCUCCGAAACUUUCUCUUCCAAUCUCUUAUAACUCGAGUGUGGUGAGUGGGGAUUAUAGAGUGUUUUAGAUAUAUACUGUAAAAAAAAAAAAAAAUCAUGUAUUUAGUUGAAGCUUUUGUUAUAAGUGGAGUUGUUAGUCAAACUCACGAUGCAUAUCCCUAAUUUCUGUUAUAAUCACGUUUCUACGUCAAAGUUUAUAUAAAUCCGGAUUGUGAGUUGUGUGAUUACCUAUUUCUAUUUGAAGCGUUCUCACUAUUGCA